GGGGGAAGGCAAGUGGAUUCGUAUCAGAAUUGUUUCUCCUUGAAGCUUCAAAACCUCAAGGCUCGAACACAAAAAAGGAAAAAAAAAAAAUAUAUAUACAUGAAUAUACAGUAUAUAUAUGUAUAUACUACCAUUGUCACAGUGUGAUACAGAGUUCAGUUUGUGCGAUGGGUGACGAGGGUUUCGAAGAAUGGGACGCAGAUUUCUUGGACCAACUCAUCCAAGUCGAAGAACUAGCCUUGUGCUCCACAAACCCUACUCAACACCACCAUCCACCGCCACCGCAUUCGGCGGCGCCGUACGUCGACAUCAGCUAUUCGCCUCCUCGAGAGUUGUCUCAGAGAGUUCAAGACAGUACCAAAGUGUUCGACCGGUCUUUAAGUGGAGUAAUCGACGAUCGCUCUCAAAAUGUGAAAGAAGCGGAAAUUGAUAGACUGAAGAGAGAGCUGGGGCGCGUCUCAAAACAGCUUACUCAUCUGGAGCAGGAAUGCUUAGAGCUUAGAAAGGAAAGAGACGAGAAAGAGGAGCAGGUUAAGUCUGUAUUUUCACAUGUUGAAGCAAAAGAUGCUGAGGGUCAUUGUUCAAAGAUUAAAAACCUUGGCAGGGAAUAUGGAGUUCAUACCCGAGACCGUUCUUGGAUAUCUAUUGGAUCCCAAAUUGCGAAUUCUUCAAAUGAUCAGGUUGACGGUCGAAUUAAUAUAGGCGCAUCAACUUAUAAAGCGAUAGGAGUCCAGACAGACAAAUCUGGUGAAAGUACCCAUCCAAGCAUUGAAAAUGAUCGGUCUACUCAUCAAUGUCCAAGCAAGUUGCUAGCUGUUUGGGACUCACAAAGUGACCAAAAAUGGGGAAGGAACAUUGUUUCCAAGUUGUUUGUGGCUUGUGAAAAAGAUUUUCAUGUCCUUUUUGGAUUCUUGAGCUUAAGUUUGUCAUCCAAAACUGCAAUGGACUCUCUGGCAGAUGAAAUCUCCUCUGAUGUGGCUGUGCAGGAGCAUAUGCAGCCUGUUCAUUCUGUUGAAGCUGCAAAAAUAUCUCGUCUCUACUCUACGCUGACAAAGAUCAGUAAUGAGAUGAUAAAUUUGGAGGCUUUGGUAGAAGUGUUAGUUGAUCUCUGCACUCUUGAAAAUGUUGUAAUUAUUUACAGAUCUCUUCAUGUAUUACACAUGGUUUUGAAUCACUUGUUGGGUUUGAAAAGAAAAUCAGAGAAAAGGGAUAAUGUCAUGGUCGAGGUACCUUCCUCUGGGAACAACACUGUAUCUGGGAGUGCUGGAACUGGAAGCUCUCUCUUUGCAUAUGUCAAUGAGACAUCUGAUUUAGGCCAUGUUCCAUUUCAAGCGAGGUUUUUUGAUGCAGAAAAUCUUGGCAAGAAUCAUGACUGUACAGUGUCCCUUUCAUGUAUAGAUUGGGUCUCUAUAUUUGAACUGAUGCACCAAAUUGCCAUGAGGAACAAUGAAAAACUUGUAAGACUAGAAGCUGUUUCUAUCAUGAAUAUGAUUCUUGUCACUAGUGAUGCUUAUUUGGAGAGGGAGAAAUUUGGACGGGUGCUGGUGUUUCAGAGUGUUUCACAAUUGUUAAAGAAGGAAGCUGGCUUGCAUGUGCAAAAGCAAGCUGUGCAUUCUUUAUAUCUGCUACUAAAUUGUCCACAACUAAUGGGCAUGCUAUGUUCUGGUUGUAAAGAGGAGGGGGAGAAUGCUGGAGUGGUAAAUAAUGAUGCAAGAAGUGCUUCUGCUUUUGAAGGGUUUGGGGGUGUCCUUGAGGGUUUGGCAGAUUGUAUAGAUUGCAGUGGAAACAGUAUGCAGGAAUUGCAGCUUCGAAGGAAUACCAUUAUGGUGCUGGCUUUCUUAGCAUCGUCAGGGAAAUCUGGCUUUGAAAUGAUGUUGAGUCAUAGGCUUCAAAAUGGGACCAACUUUCUUGGGUUGAUUGUGCGAAUCUUGGUAUCAGAGAUGGACAUAGAAUCAUCAAAGUCUGUUCAGCCUCCUGAUAUUUUCAAAGAAAGAACCUUGCUAAUACGAGAGGCACUUAUCCUUCUGAAUAGACUAGUGUCCAAUCCUCAAUAUUCCGCUCCUGUUUUACGACUAUUAACAGCCAACAGAGAUGUUACCUGCUUGACCAUUGAUAUUGCAAAUAGAUUAUCAAGGAAAGGCGGGUGGUUAUGGCAGUCUGACAGCAUGACUAGGCAGAUUAGAGAAUCUGAAAUUGUGGACUUAGCUCGUGUAUUUAAAAGAAGAGUUUUUACCUUUUUAGGAGAUAGCAUACUAUAGAGUAUUCCAUCUGAUUAUUCAAGCCAUAUGUAAACUGGUACAGACCACCAUUAGUUUUGCAAGGAUGGAAGCUGAUAAGACAGUGGAAUAGGAAAAUAAGCGAGGUUGAAGAGUCUGAGCUCUGUACAGCAGAUGUACAUUCAGAAGAUGUAACCCUUUAGCAGGGAAGUUUUGACAAUGCUCGACAAAUAUAAUUCAGAGACAGUUGCACCAAAACAAAUACCCAUUGAUGCAAAGUUCUUUAAGAGGUUUUUGGUUCAUUUUUUGGGGUUUUAAUGAUUUGACUCAGAAGUUACAAUGACUAUUAUUAAGUCAUAUUAAUGUGCUUUUUGUUUGGUGGUUCUGAUAACUCGCGUUGAAGAAUGUGGCCUUUUGUCACAACCCAACAAAUAUAUGGUAUCAAGUCGUCAUCUAAUCUGAACAAA